AGGUCUGAGGGGACAGUUGUUCCGGCAAAAUGAAAUUCGCGGAGCAUCUUUCGUCCCACAUCACUCCAGAGUGGAGGAAACAAUAUCUUCAGUAUGAGGCGUUCAAGGAUAUGCUGUAUGCUGCCCAGGACCAAGCGCCAUCCAUAGAAGUCACAGAUGAAGACACCGUGAAGAGAUACUACGCUAAGUUUGAGGAAAGGUUUUUCCAGACCUGCGAGAAGGAGCUCCUGAAAAUCAACACAUUCUAUUCAGAAAAGCUUGCUGAAGCUCAGAGGCGUUUUGCAACGCUGCAGAAUGAGCUGCAGUCUUCACUGGACGCUCAGCGCGAGAGCAACGCUCCGCCCGGCCUGCGGAAACGCAAGACCAUGUUCCACCUGUCGCAGGAGGAGCGCUGCAAACACCACAACAUCAAGGACCUGAAGCUAGCCUUCAGCGAGUUCUACCUCAGCCUCAUCCUGCUCCAGAACUACCAGAACCUGAACUUCACUGGGUUCCGUAAAAUCCUGAAGAAACAUGACAAGAUCCUGGAUACUUCACGUGGGGCCGACUGGCGUGUGGCUCACGUGGAGGUGGCGCCUUUCUACACCUGCAAGAAGAUCACGCAGCUCAUCUCCGAGACAGAGACACUCGUCACCACCGAGUUGGAGGGAGGAGAUCGUCAGAGGGCCAUGAAGAGGCUGAGAGUUCCUCCGCUGGGGGCAGCUCAGCCUGCUUUGGCCUGGACGACCUUUCGUGUCGGUCUCUACUGCGGCUUCUUUAUUAUCCUUGCUAUCUCCUUCGUUCUCACUGGCGCUGUGUUCAUCCGCUUCGAGAACGUGUGGCCCCUGGUGCGGAUCUAUCGAGGUGGUUUCCUGUUGAUCCAGUUCCUCUUCCUGUUGGGCAUCAACACGUACGGAUGGAGACAGGCCGGAGUCAACCAUGUCCUCAUCUUCGAGAUCAAUCCCAGAAACAACCUGUCACACCAACACCUGUUUGAGAUCGCUGGUUUCCUGGGUGUGUUGUGGUGUCUCAGCAUCCUCUCCUGUCUCUACUCAGAGUACACCUACCUCCCCAUGCAGAUCAACCCGCUCAUCCUCUACGGCUUCAUGCUGCUCUUCUUCAUCAACCCCUUCAAGACAUGCUACUACAAAUCCCGUUUCUGGCUCCUCAAGCUGCUGUUUCGUGUGUUCACUGCACCGUUUCACCGGGUGGAGUUCGCAGACUUCUGGCUGGCUGAUCAGCUCAACUCUCUGGUGUUUGUGCUGAUGGACCUGGAGUAUCUCAUUUGCUUCUACAUCUUUGAGCUGCAGUGGAGCAACAGCAAGGGCCUGCUGCCCAAAUUUAAAGGUGAGACGUACGUAUGCCACAGCUACUCGUACGGUCUGCGCGCCAUCAUCCAGUGUCUGCCCGCCUGGCUCCGCUUCAUCCAAUGCCUGAGGCGUUACCGUGACACCAAGAGGGCCUUCCCUCACCUGGUGAACGCUGGGAAAUAUUCUACCACCUUCUUUGUCGUCACCUUCGCUGCUCUGUAUGCCACACAUAGAGAGCAAGGACACACGGACGCCGACAUGUUCUUCUACCUGCUGAUCGUCUUUUCCACCAUCAGCUCCCUGUACACGCUGAUUUGGGAUCUGCGCAUGGACUGGGGCCUGUUUGACCGCGGAGCCGGAGAAAACACCUUCCUCAGAGAAGAGAUUGUUUACCCGCACAAGGCCUACUACUACUGUGCCAUUAUAGAAGAUGUGAUCCUGCGCUUUGCCUGGACGAUCCAAAUAUCUCUGACCACAAUGACCAAGAUCCACUCUGUGGGCGACAUCGUGGCCACCGUGCUGGCUCCCCUCGAGGUCUUCAGGCGCUUUGUGUGGAACUUCUUCCGUCUGGAGAACGAGCACCUGAAUAACUGUGGUGAGUUUCGGGCUGUGAGGGAUAUCUCCGUGGCGCCACUCAAUGCUGACGACCAGACGCUGCUGGAGCAGAUGAUGGACCAGGAGGACGGCGUCCGGAACCGCUCGGGCAAGAAGACCUGGAAGAGGUCCUACAGCCUGUCACUCCGACGCCCCCUACUGUCCUCCUCACAAUCGAAAAAGGACACAAAGGUGCUAAUUGAAGACACGGAUGAUGAGGCUUUCAGCUGA